AUGUCAUCAAUAGGCCCCCAGCUACCACCCCAUCUCACAAAGCGCCGCCGAGACAGCGACACCGACGAGUCAUCAAACAAACAUGCACGCCGCGACCAGAACCAGGACGAGAUAGAUCUCAAUGCCUCUGCGUCUGACUCUGAAGACGAAUACGCACCGAAAAGACCAUCUUCGCCACCUACCACUUCUUCUACUGCUCCCACUGCGCCAAAAGCAGCAGUAGGGCCAAGUCUCCCACCACACCUCGCCAACACAAACACCACGAACACAGACGAAAUCACCCUCGACAACUCCGACUCCGACUCAGACACCGGCCCAGCGCCCCCUCCAAACCAUCCCCAUCCCCAUCCUCCUCCUCAAACCACCGCGAACCCCGACCCCGAAUCCUCAGACUCCGACGACUCCGACGCCUUCGGUCCCUCCCUCCCCACCGCCGCCCACCGCCGUCAAAUCGGUCCCUCCCUGCCCCCUUCUCUCCAAGACGACGACGACGCGCCCAAGCGCGACGAAUGGAUGCUCGCCCCGCCGCCCUCGUCAAACACCUUUUCCGAGCGCGACACCACCCGCAUCCGCGCCCGCAAGUUCGCCUCCUCCAAGCCUCAUUCUACCACUACCUCCUCCUCGGCAAACGCAGGGGGACCAUCGAUAUGGACGGAAACACCCGAGGAGAAACUCCGCCGCUUGCAAGAUUCCGUGCUGGGGAGGGCGCCAGCGGCUGGUACCUCGUCAUCAGAUGCCCAAACAGUUGGCAUGUCAGAGCAGCAGGCUAAGAAGCUGCAAAGGGAUGAAGCCCUGUCGGCUAGUAUCCAGGCGCAACGAGGCAAGACGCUCCUCGAGCAGCAUCAGGGUGGCAAGAAAUCGGCAACUGCGUCGUCUAGGGGCGGCAAGGAAGAGGAGGAAGAGGACGAUCCGAGCAAGAGGGCGUUUGAUCGGGAAAAGGACAUGGCGGUGGGAGGAAGGAUCACGGCGACGCAGAGGAGGGAGCUGAUUAACAAGUCUGCCAACUUUGGGGGGAGGUUCCAGAAGGGGUCGUUCUUAUAG